AUGUUGAAAUGGAUCUUGGCGGCAUGCCUCGUUCUCGAGAUUAACAGCUUUCUCAACUCAUGGGCCGAGAAUCGCUGGAUGUUUACCAGCGACAAGAGUUCGUGGCAGUGGAACAAAGAAUCUGCUGUUGUCACUGGAGGCUCAAAUGGCAUCGGUGCUGCUGUGGUGAAGCAACUGAUAUCCCAUGGUGUAAGGGUCGCCGUUCUUGACAUUGAGCCGUUGUCCGAAGCUUUCCAGAACGGUAACUCGAGCAGCAUUCUCGAUCUCUCGCCAAAGCUUCUGCAGACCCUGGUCAACCUCAAUCUGGUCAGUCACUGGUACACGGUGCAAGAGUUCCUCCCAGACAUGAUUGCCAAAAAGAAAGGACACAUAAUGGCAACCGCCAGCAUGGCCGCCUUCGUCGCCAUGGCAAACUCUGGGGACUACGCUGCCACCAAAGCUGGUCUGAUAGCUUUUCAUGAGACCUUGACACAAGAAUUGAAGCAUCGAUAUAAAUGCCCUCAGAUCAAGACUUCGAUCGUCUAUCCCAUGUGGACUAGGACUCGCUUGAUUGCCACGAUACAGGAACAGUUCGGCAGCACAUUGAAAGAACCUGAGGACAUCGCAAAGAUCAUGGUAGGCCAGAUCAUUUCAGCCAAAAGUGGGCAAUUAGUCUUAGGACCAAAGCUUGCACCACUCGUACGCGCAAUGCCUAUGUGGCUACAGGAACUCAUACGCGACGGUCAAGCUCACGUCGUCACUGGAAAUGCAACAAGCGCUGUCGAUUAG